AUGAGUUCGUCGCACUGCAGAUUUUAUGAGAACAAGUAUCCCGAAGUGGAUGAAGUGGUAAUGGUUAACGUCCAAGAGAUCGCCGAAAUGGGUGCCUACGUUAAAUUGUUAGAAUAUGAUAAUAUUGAGGGGAUGGUAUUGUUAUCAGAAUUGUCCAGAAGACGUAUUCGUUCGAUCCAAAAGUUAAUUCGUGUAGGUAAGAACGAAGUUGCUGUUGUGUUGAGAGUUGACAAAGAAAAGGGUUAUAUUGAUUUAUCGAAGAGAAGAGUUUCAGCCGAAGAUAUCGUCAAGUGUGACGAAAGGUACAACAAAUCGAAGGCUGUUCAUUCUAUUUUAAGACACUGUGCUGAAAAAUUCACCAUUUCGUUAGAGACAUUAUACCAAUCGAUCGGGUGGCCAUUAAGUAGAAGAUACGGCCACGCGUACGAUGCGUUAAAAUUAUCCAUCACUGACCCUACUAUUUUCGACGAUAUUGAAGCUCCAUCUCCAGAUGUGUUGGAAGAAUUAAAGUUAUACAUUUCAAGAAGAUUGACUCCUCAAGCUAUCAAGAUAAGAGCUGAUGUUGAAGUUUCUUGUUUCAGUUACGAAGGGAUUGACGCUAUUAAGAAGGCAUUGACCGCUGCUGAAGAGAUUUCUACCGAGCAAAUGGCUGUUAAGGCUAAAUUGGUGGCUGCUCCAUUAUACGUCAUUUCUGUGCAAGCGUUGGAUAAGAAUCAAGGUAUUGCUUUAUUAGAAAAAGCCAUUGAAAAAGUAUCUGAAAGUAUUGAAAACUCUGGUGGUAUUUGUAAGGUUACUAUGUCUCCAAAGGCAGUCACUGCUACUGAAGAUGCUGAAUUACAAGCAUUAUUAGAAAGAAAAGAAGCUGAAGAUAAAGAAUCAUCCGACGAAGAGGAAGAAGACUAA